UACGGCGCAACGCGACCAGUCUAGAACGUGUCUCGUAACGGUGCUCCGUUCUCGUCCACCAUUUUAAAACGAUUCGCAUUUUUUUCAAGUGCAUACCUCGUGCCAACGUUCUUUCCUUUUUUUUCGUCUUCUUCUUCAUCUUCUUUGUGUGCUUCAUUUCAACUAAUCGAUAAAGAAAACUACUUGAAGAAAAGGAGAAUAGAAAUACAUAAUAUAUAUAUAUUUAUAUAUAUAUAUAUAUAUAUACAUACAUACAUACACACAACACACACACACAUCACACUCACGUAUAUAUAUAUAUAUAUAUAUUUAUACGUAUCAGAGAGAAAAAAAUCUUUCGUUCAAAGAACAGAGACAAGAGAAGAAAGAGAACGACGACAUAUGCGCUCGAGCGCGAGAAAGACGAAGACGGUUGGGGAACGAACAGGCGUAUAUAAAAAACGAUAUAACGCGACGAUAAUCGUCGUCGAUCUUUUAGGCUCCUGAAGUCAUGAAGUAAAAGAAAGAAAACAAAGAGAAAAAAAAAAAACACAAAAAAAGAACCAAAGGGGACGACUACCAAGUAUUUCCUUCCUCUUCUCGAGGAGAGACGAGAAAAAGACACGCCGGCCAAGAGGCGCGGCGACGAACUCGGCUCGAAGCGACCGAACUCAGUCCUCAGUGUAGGCUAGUCGGCUCGCUCACGGUGCUAGUGCUUUAAAGGUGCGCGCGAGGGGUUGCAGGUGUUCAUUCAAGAACGUUUCUCUCACUCCCACUCUUUAUUUCCCCUUCCUUCUCUUUUCGACUAACCUAAUCUUUCUUUCUGUUUUUCUUUUUUUUUUCUUUUUUUUUUUUGGUCUUUUUCACAUCUUUCUUUGCUUCUUUUUAUCCCAUUUUCCCUCUCUCUUUCUCUCUUCCUUCGAUCUCUAUCCAUCGUUAAUGAUACAACAUAACCUCACUUUCUUUCUUUCUUUCUUACUUCCUUUCUUUUUUCUUUCUUUCUUAUAUAUCAUUGCUUACAAUUAGUUUGAAAGUUUGUUAGAAUUGUCACGUUUUAAAGGCGUCCGUGUUACUUUGUUUUUUUUAGGCUUACGCUCCUUGCACCUAAAGAAACACAAAAGUAAUAACCAACAAGAACGAGAAGAACAACGACGACGAAAAGAGAAUCUUGUGAAAUUUUCUUCCUCUUCUUCUUCUUCUUCUUCUUCUUUUUCUUCUUCUAAUUAUUCUUAACCUGUUUAUUUUUUUUCUGCUUUUUCUACUUCUCUUAUAUAUAUAUAUUUUUUCUUUUUCUUCUUUAUUAUCAUCUUCUUUUUCAACGUUAUCGAGUUUAAAAAUUUUCGACUGAUCAAAUACGAAUAAUUUGUUAUACGGUGAAAGAACUUUGAUCCUACUGUGAUAUAAUAAUAAUAUUAUUAUUAAUAAUAAUAAUAAUAGUAUAGUUCAAAGAGAAAGAAAUAAAUAAAUAAAAAAGGGAGAGUGGUAAUACGCACACAUACAUAUAUACGUACAUAUACAUACGCGCCAUAACGCCGUCGAAAAACGCACUCGCCGGCGGCGAUAUAUAACAAACAUGGCGGUGAACAUGUGCGCGCGAAAUUGCACCGAGGACACAACCGGAUUCUUUUUCGAGAUGAUCUACGACGAUAUUUCGUUACCUUGGAACGAAUAUUCCUAUUAUGUCACUUACAAUCCUUGGUUCUUCUCAAUACUUGGCAGUACUAUGGUUGGUCUUGCUGGUGUAUUACCACUUUUGGUUAUCCCCAUUGAAGAAGGCGCCGAUCUCAAGAAUGGAGCUAGCGCAGGAACAUUGAAAAUGCUUUUAAGCUUUGCCGUUGGUGGUCUUUUGGGCGACGUUUUUUUACAUCUUUUACCAGAAGCAUGGGAAAACGAUUCGUUGAAACGAGCUGAAAAUUCGAAUUCUCCAUCUAUGCCCUGUGGUCUUUGGGUUCUCACUGGAUUUUUGGUUUUUGUCAUCGUUGAAAAAAUUUUUGCUUUCGAUUAUGAUCCAGAGGAACAACAAACAGAUGAUAACAAGGAACCAUCUGAGAAUAUUACAAAAAAUCUUGAAACCGAAAAAGAAGAAAUGGAGAACAAUAAUUGUAUUAAUUUGAUUGGGAUUAAACAAAAGAAUGGCUAUAAUCAACGUUGUACGGAUAAUGAACUUUUGGAGGUGGAACCCUUUCUGGAAAAAAAACCAAUGAAGAACGGUUACAUGGAGAUGAGUAAUGGUGUGAAGAAAUCAAAAAAGAAUGGUUACUUAAAAUCGGAGUAUACGAAUGGCAUCGUUCUGUCUGAUAAUAUGUCAGUUGAUGAAGUCAGCAAUUGUUUGAACAGACUUACGAAGAACAAUGGUCUUUCAUCGUCGUCAUCUUCAUUAUUGAAUGGAUGUAUCAUUGACAGAAAACGAGUAUCGUCUAAUACAAAGGAAAAAAUCACUCGGAAAACUGUUGAUACUGUUGUCCAAAAAACUAGGCCAAAGCACAUAGCAGGAUAUCUGAAUCUUAUGGCAAAUUGUAUUGACAAUUUUACUCAUGGAUUGGCUGUAGGAGGUUCUUUCCUCAUGUCCUUUCGAUUAGGCGCUCUAACUACGUUUGCCAUUUUGAUUCAUGAGAUUCCACAUGAAGUUGGUGACUUCGCUAUUUUACUUCGCAGUGGAUUUAGCAGAUGGGAUGCUGCGAGGGCACAACUUUUGACUGCAACCGGUGGCAUUUUUGGAUCUUUGGCCGCUAUUAUUUUUUCUGGCGGCGAAGUUGCGGCAAGGACAAGUUGGAUUUUACCAUUUACUGCAGGUGGUUUCCUUCAUAUCGGCUUAGUUACAAUUUUACCAGAACUGCUUAAAGAAUCUAGUCCAAAGGAAUCUUUAAAGCAACUCGCUGCUUUGUUAUUUGGUAUUACAUUAAUGGCGAUUUUAACAAUUCUUUGCGACUAAAAGAUAUAUAUUUCAUUCAAGGAAGGAAUUAAUUUGAACAAAUUUAUGUAGAGCACUAAAAUCUGUUGAUCAUUUUAUGAUGGUACUUUUCUGAAGUACAAUUUCUGUAAGAACAUACUCUCAUUAAAUAAUAUAUAUGUGUGUGUAUAUAUAUAUAUAUAUGUGUGUGUAUGUAUGUAUGUAUGUAUGUAGUAUAUAUGUAUAUAUAUAUAUAUAUAUUAUAUAUAUAUAUAUAUAUAUAUAUAUAUAUACACGAAUAUAUAUUAUAAAUGCCUAUCCCAAGAGAAAGAUAAUAUGUUGCCAUAAAGUUACAUAAUUUUAUUGCUCUAUUAAGAUAAAAUUUCAUCAAAGAAAGAUGAAUAAUCAACUGGGAAUUAAUUUAACGACUGACCAUACUCUUGUAUAUGGAUACAUUAUUACACGCUCCAACACAUAAAUUGUAUCUUACAAAGUUAUAGGAGUCUAUGUAUAUAUAUAUAUAUUAAAAGUAUCCUAAAAUAUUAAAAACAGUUUAAAUAAGCUUGAGGGAAGCACUACUUUUCAGAUUCUGUGAUCCUUUACAAUAAUUAAGAAUGUGUUUACUAUACGAAUCAUUUAAACUAACUAAUGUUAUAGUAUUCUUAUAAUCGAAGGAGAAGAGUGUAAAUUUAUUUUUAUAAUCUCCAAAGUUAAUCACAUUUCUGUAUCUAAAUAAACUUUAAUAUUUUUCCUCUUAUAAACUAAACAACUGAAAUGAAUUAUUUAUAUUGGCAAAUUGAAAUAGAUAAUGUUAUAUAUAGAUUGUGUUGAUCGCAACUACAUUCAAUUGAAUUCUGUAACAUUGUAUCCAAAAUAUUAUAUUAUGAGAUGUGUAACGAAUUGACGAAUGACAUUUCAUGUUAUGAAAAAGGUGAAGGUGUGUAAAUAAUUUUUAAUGCUUCCCCUUCUUUGACAUUGAAAUUAAAAAAGGGCAUUUUAUAAAACUUUAAAUUACAUGAGAUCACAUAUGAUAUAAAUUCUCCGGAUAUAAAAAAGAAAGAAAGUAAUACACAAGUAUAUUAAUCAAUAUACUUACCUGAUUAAAAAUAGAGAGAGAGAAAGGACAUAUGUUUGAGUUCCUAAAAAAAUUCUAUGUGAGUAUAUGUUUUCAAGAAAAACUUAUAGUCUAUUUAAGUGAGAACGAACGAUUGCGUUGAUGUUAUAUGAUGCGAUGGUGGGAAAAUAAAAUUGUAUAAUAAAUAAACGAAUUGAAAAGUUAAUGGAUACAAAAAUUAUAUUAUGUAAAGAAAUGUAAAAUUAAUGAUGUAGAUAUGUACGAUCAUUCGAGAAAUAAAUUUCAAUACGUAAUAUUUUAUAAAAUUAGAUGUAUAUCGCGCGCGCACAUACCCACACGCACACAAUUUCGUUAUCUAUUGAUAGAAAAAGAUUAAUUAAACCGAUAAUAAUCAUUAUCGAAUAAUUUUUAAAUUGGAAUUUUUUAUGAAAUAAUUAUAUAAUUAUCACGUUAUCGUUUGUUACUAAUAAGUAAGCAAAUGAGUAUACACAGUCAAGAUAAUAGGCCUAGUCUUCUCUCAUAAUGCCUAGAAUAUAUAAAUAUCGUUCUCUCUAAACUUACAUAUGUAAACACAAGGAAAAAAAAGAAAAAAAAAAAACAGAAAAAAAAGAUACACAUCAAGAGUUUUUUCAAUGUAAUUAAAUUCAUUUAUAUCCAAACGGUAACUUAAUUAUUUUAUUCAAAACGAUACAUGUGAAUGUAUAUAUUGUUUAUAUAUCUCUUUGUAAUCAUAUGAUCUAAAACAAUCCUUGUACUUAAAAGGUAGAAAACAAGGUAUUCUUUUCAAAAAGAGAAAGACAACAGAAUAAUAAUGGAUGAACAACAAAAAGAAAAAUAGGAAAAAAGAAAAAUAAUUAACAUGGUACAAGAGUGCCUUUCCAAAGCACCUGUAUAUACAAACUCUGUUUUAAAAUAUAUUUCCCACGUAUUAAUAUUUUUUGAAAGUUAUGACUUAUAAUAACGAAUCCAAUUAAUAUAUGUAAUCAUUAAAAUUUGUAAAUAAACUAUAUUAUAUUCUA